ACCCUGGUCUUGAAUCAAUAUGAUGCGACGCCUUCUUUUCAGUAAUAACAUCAGCCGACAAAUAGGCACAAGGAUGACAUCAACUGCUUCCCAAAAAUUAUCUGGAAAAGUCGCUAUUGUAACGGCGUCAACAGACGGGAUAGGUUACGCCAUUGCAGAACGACUCGGACAGGAUGGAGCAAAAGUGGUGGUCAGCAGCCGAAAACAGAAAAAUGUGGAUGCAGCAAUUGAGAAAUUACGAGCCAAAAAUCUUGAUGUGUAUGGCACUGUAUGUCACGUAGGAAAAAAGGAGGAUCGAGCCAGUUUAAUCCAACAGACCUUGGACCGGUAUGGUGGUAUUGAUAUCAUGGUUUCCAAUGCAGCAGUUAACCCAUUCUUUGGUCCAAUACUUAAUUGCUCAGAAGAUCAAUGGGAUAAGAUAUUUGAAUUGAAUGUAAAAGCUACAUUUAUGAUGAUUAAAGAGACAGUGCCCCACAUACAAAAUCGAGGGGGAGGUUCCAUUGUGGUGGUGUCAUCCAUUGCUGGCUUUACCCCUUUUCCAAUGCUUGGACCCUAUUCUGUAAGCAAGACAGCCCUUUUAGGUCUGAUUAAGGCACUAGUUCCCCAGCUGUCCACCAUGAACAUCCGCAUUAAUGGACUGGCUCCAGGGAUCAUCGACACCUACUUCAGUAAAGCACUGACCAGUAAUGAAGCAGUUGCCAAGUCUAUGCUUGCCAGUGUGCCUUUAAACAGGUUUGGACAGCCCCCAGAGUGUGCCGGAAUUGUGUCAUUCUUAUCAUCGGAUGAUGCGUCCUACAUAACUGGAGAAACUAUGAUGGUUACGGGCGGCAUUCAAGCUAGACUAUAGUUAUACAAACAUACGAUACAUUUAGGUUAUUUACAAAUAUGUGAUUGAGUGAAAUUAUAAGAAAUGCUGGAAUGUAAUUGAUUUGUCAAAUUUUCUGAAAUAAUGUAGAAUAUAAUGUAUAUGUUUGAUUUAAAAUUUUAAAUCGUAUAGGGAUAUAAGAUAAGAAUCAUGUCUGUAUGACAUAGAUGUUCAUAAGAAUCUUAGAAAAAGGAUAUAUACAUACAAUACACCAGCAUUAUAUACUACGUGGGAUUAUCUAUGCAAAGGAGGACUAGAUGAGUGAUUACUGGUGGAAACUUGAAUCAGAGAUAUAGGUCUAUGCUUUAAUUUUUACACAUCUUUUUUUUUUCUAAUUUCAUUAUAUAAAUGUUUCUAUACAUCUUUAAUGUCUUCUGUUUUAUAUUUCCUAAUAAAACCUUAC